UUUUUUUUUUACUCUCUCUUUUUUGAUUUCAUUUCAGAGAAACGAAGGAGAGGGAGAAAUGUAUCAACCACACAGGCAUUUACAACACAUUGUGAAUAUUAAAAAAGCAUCGAUUAUUUUUUGGAUUUAAUAAUAUGUAAUGGUUUGGAAAGAACCAUGCAUAUUUCAUGUGCAGCAGAUCGUUCAUUUUGGGACAAUUUUAUUGAUACCUUUUUCACUAUACAAAGUGUGUUUAAAUUGGGUCUACAUAAUUCUGAAACUGAAGAAAAAAAGGCAUUUGAGGUCAAUCAUACGCUACUUCCUCGAUUUUUUUACAUGCAAUAUCAAUGUGGAAUGACAUCGAUUCAGCUUACUUUGGAAAAGACAAUGGAAUACAUUUUACCGGGAGGUAUUAUGCAUAUAGAAUGUCCCCGGGCGAGUAUGAUUCAAAAAUACAAGAAUGGCACGAUGGUCGUCUUGACAGGUCCAUUGUGGGCUAAAUUCAUCAUGACGCCAAAUGGUACACUAAAGAUGAACCACAUGGAUUUUGCGUGUCAUAAUCACGAAGAGUUUGUGCGAAAAGCCAGUAUUAAAAUAGAGCCAGUACCCAAUUCAAAGAAAAAGAUACCACCUACACAAACGAUUAUACCAGAGACCUUUGUGAAUGAAUGGGGAGUACCCAAACGAAUCUUCCAUAUGUUGGAAGUGGCAGAUGUUGAUACCAUAGCUAGCGAAGUCAUGUUUCAUGCACUCGUGUCGGGUGCGAAUCCUAGGGAAAGUUUGAACGCUAUCACAUUUAACAAGCAACCCUUCUCUUUCAAAAUGGAUAACGAUGACUUUAAAGUAGUAGCAUCUACGUCAGCAGCAGCAGCAGCAGCAGCAACUGGAUCAUCGGCUGCCAUGAUGAUGAAUUCCAAUACAAAUAAUGCUAUUCAUUCACCUAUUGUUAAAACGCAACAAGGUCAUAUGAUGCAACAACAACAACAACAACAACAGUCGCAACCCCCACAGCAGCAACCACAAACUCCAUUUUCUCAAUCAUCUCAAUUACAGCCAUUUGCUACACCUAUACAACAGCCUACUAGUUUAAGGCAACAGCAGCAACAAGCUACUCUUCAAUUUCAACAUCAAUAUCAACAGCAGCAGCAGCAACAGCAACUACGACACAACUCCCUCACACCUAAUCAGCAACAGCAAUUAUUAUACCAACAACAAUUACUUCAUCAUCAACAGCAGCAGCAACAACAACAACAACAGCAACAGCAAGGGGAGGAAAAUUAUACUCAACAACGCGCUGCACAAGCCGCUGCCGCCGCCGCCGCCGCUGCUGCUGCUUCUCAUGCUGCUGCUGCUGCCCAACAACAACAGCAACAUCAACAACAAUCAUCCGCUUCACCAGCAUUUACCAAUAAUCAAUUUACUGUUCCUCAAAGUCCUGCAUCACGUAAACGUCCCUCUGCUAAUACCUCUAGUAUGGCUAAUACCAAUGAUAUGAAAUCACCAGUAGCAAGGAAAAGACAUAAUACUGGUAUGGCAGCAGCUGGUAGAAAACAAUCUCAACAAUCACAGCAUUCUCAACAAUAGAAAAGAAAAAAAAAGCCAGUAUUUUUAUUAUUCUAUUACCCUUUCUCUCUUUCUCUCUCUUUCUCUGCCUGUAAUUUUUCAUUCUUACUAUUAUUCUUAUUAUUAUUAUUAUUAUCAUCAUCAUCAUCAUAGGAUACAUAUACAUAGUUAUACAACCUCUAUUUAGAAAAAAUGAUAAUGAUGAUGGCAAACACGAUGACAUAACCCUUUUUUUUUCCUUUUUUCUUCUUCUUACGUACAAAACGAGCACACACAAAACAUAUUGAAAUAAAAGAAAAAUACCCCUUCAUAUUAUCUUUUCUUUUCAAACGAAACACUGACAU